GCUAUGUUGGCUGGCGUUCUGGGUUGCCUCUCAAGAUAAUGAAUUGGUUGAAACAAAUUAUUUAUGAAAUUAUAAUUGCUACCGGUGGGAUAAAACAAUAACGCUUACAAUUCAGUUGGCGGCAAUAGCAAGUCACUUGGGACAGUCACCUUUGGCAGUCAGUUCAAUGGAUUAUUUAUUCGCUCGUUUCGCAAAUAUUUAUAGCACAUUCAUAAAGAUUGAGAAGGCGCGUGCCCGCACGAACACGAGCGCAUGAAGUGCGCCAACUUCCGAUGAUAUAUAGAAGACAUAUUCGUAUAAAAUACGUUGCUCGCGCAAGCGCAUUUCAUUAGCAGCCGACAAACAUGAACGGCAACUGGUUCUCUCUUCUGUGGACACUUGUUCUGGCAGCAUUCCUGGCCCCGUCGUCGUACGGCCAAGUGGUGUAUCCGGGGAUUAGGGUGCGCCAGAUACCGGUGCUUAGCAACGGCCAGAUUCAAACGGUACAGUUUCUAGACACCGCAACGCCCGUCACCCCACAAAUGGUGCAACAACAGCUGCGGCAGGCACGUCAACAAUACCAGCAGCAGCUUCAACAACUUCAACGGACACCGAUGGAGAAAAUUAGAAAGGCCGACGUAUUCUAAACAACAACAAAAAGAAGAUAUCAAACCCACCCAACAAUCUUACAUGUAAUAAUUGGCUUAAGAAAUUAUU